GAAAAACGUAAUUACAUAGCUCACUCCCUACCAGGUAUCUCAUUCUACUGUUAUACGACUCUGUAUGCGUUGUUUGUUGGCAACCUUGUUAUUUACGACGUUUUUGGAACGGAUUCCUGUUGGAACGUUCCACAAAUUAUACCCACCCAAAACAACAUUUACGAGACAGACCGCACCUUGAAGAAGAAUUGUUUUUGCUAUGGACAAACAUUACAAAUAAACUUCGUGUGACCCUUGCAAUGAGAAGAGCAAAGCAUGUCACGGAAGCUGUUCUAUGCUGUGUGAUUCUACUCGUCAUCCACAGGAAUUCAGAAAGUAUACGGGUGAUUGGAGGAAGCAGGACUGUGGUUCAGGGAGAGGACGUGGACUUAUCCUGCAGACUGCUAGAGACAGAUGAGGAGCUUGAACAGAUAACAUGGCAGAAAAGGACUCUGGAAGAUCCAGAGAACCAUAAUUUCUUGCUUAUUUAUCCCAGUGGGGUUACUGACUUUAUUUCACCGAAUGGAUUGGAAAAUAGAGUCCAGUUUUUUGGGAACCAGACAGAAAAAAUUGGUUCUAUUCGAAUAACUGCUGCCAGACUGUUGGAUGAAGGCACCUUCACAUGCGUCUUCAGUGUUUUCCCAAGUGGAGUAUACAGUAUAGAGAUACCUCUUACUGUGCUAGUACCUCCAGUGAUGAGUGUUACAGUCGAUGUCCCUCCUGUCAUUGGAGAGAAUGAGGUUGUCUUGGCAUCCUGUUUGGCUGCUGGUGCCAAGCCACAGGCAGAAGUGAGAUGGAACACUGAUGCAUUCGGCAGUUUGGUGAGGACGGUGACCAACUCCACCCAGCACGCCAACGGCACCACCACGGUUGUCAGCCACCUGCUCGGGGUGCCAACCAGAGCAGCCAAUCAGCUGCAUGUUCUGUGUGUGGUCAACCAGUCUGCCCUGGCAACAGAGAGGACCCUGGCCUACACAAUCAACAUCAACUAUCCACCUCGGACAGUGAACAUUACUCUUAGUGAGACCUCCCCAGCCACAGUGUUCCUAGGUGUCGCAGACAGCAAUCCAAAAGCCAUCUACACCUGGACCAGAGUGGGCCAGCCAUGGCCUCAGUCUGCAGUGAGAGCAGAAGGAAGCACACUGCACCUCAUCAGCCUCAGCUCUGAGCUGAAUGGCCUCUACAGCUGUGAGGCCUCCAAUCCUUACGGAAGAGCGACUGGCUCUCAAUAUGUGCAUGUCACCUCCUAUACCUCUGCUGCCUGUUGGGUUCUACUUGUCAUUAUAUUUCUGAUUGUUGCUGCUGCUGCUGCUGGACUCGUAUGGUACCGGUGGAAAAAUGGAGAAUGUCUUUGGAGUUCAUUCAUGGGCGAUCACCAGUUCGAGGCACAAUCACAGGUUGAGGAAGAGGAAGCUGAGAUGUAAACCAAGAGGGCAUAUAAGGAAGAAGUAUCAUAAGGCUUCAAGGCAUCUCCAUGUUAGCAUCACCUACUGGUAUGGCUACUGCUCAGCAUACGACCGCAAGGCACUUCAGAGGGUAGUGCGUACGGACCAAUACAUCACUGGGCCCAAGCUUUCUCCCAUUCAGGACUGAUAUACCAGACGGUGUCAGAGGAAGGCCCUAAAAAUUCUAAGACUCCAUCCAUCCCAGACAUAGUAUGUUCUCUCUGCUACCGCACGGCAAGCUGUACCAGACCACAAGUAUAGGUCCAGAAGACUCCUUAACAGCUUCUAUACAAAUCCAUAAGACUGUUGAACAGUUAAUCAAAUGUCUACCCAGACUAUUUUGUAUUGACCACCCCCUCCUUUUUUUACACUUCAACAAGUUACUGAGUAAAGGGUCUGAAUACUUAUGUAAAUGUGAUAUUUCAGAUUGUUUUUAAUACAUUUGCAAAAACAUUAUAAACGCCUGUUUUUGCUUUUUCAA